AUGUCAUCCGCUUCUUCAAGGCCUGUUCUCCAUUACCUGGAGCUUGGUACACUGGGUCGAGGGGAAGUUGUCCGUUUGUUCCUGAAUGAUGCAGGCAUUGAUUUUGAAGACAUUCGUUAUGCCUAUGAUCAUACCUGGGCGGCAACCAGCGCAGAACUCCAAGCAAAAGGCCUGACGGUUACAGGAAAGGUCCCGGUGCUGGAGUUCAAUGGCACUAUUUUGACACAGCACAUACCAAUCCUACGAUAUCUAGCCCGAGAGCUUAAUGAUUAUGACGGCCAGACAAGUCUGGAGAAAUGGGUUGUCGAUGCCGUAUCAGAUAUCUAUAUAGACUGGAGAACACAAUAUGUUGCCAACCUCGAAAACGCAUCAGACAGUUUCAAGAACAAGUACACGCCGGAAUACUAUAACAUACUUUCACACUAUUACUCACAACGUGGUGGUCCUUUCCUCCUAGGGGACAGGGCAACCUAUGCCGAUUUUGUGAUCUAUCAGUCUCUUGAUGAUGAUAGGAAGACUAAUACUCUUCCGGAGACACUGCCUGGGGCAAUUGUAGCAUUUAAGGAGGCCUUUGAGAGCCGCCCUCGUGUCAAAGCUUACCUUGAAAGCCGUCGCAAUAUGAAUAUUAACAAGUAG